AUCACGUGGAUAUACGGCGGCUGCUUCUGUGGGAGCGACACGGGAGCGACAUGUACUGUACCGUGACAUGAGUACAGUACGUGCGACGUAUACUUGUGUCCUUCCCAUCGGACGACUCGUACCCCGAGUCCUGGACUACGCUGAAACCUCCAUCUCCGCUUGUGCACCGACUGACUCGGUCUGACAGAACCAUUGCCAGUAUACUACUACUCCGUUCUCAGUACACGGACCACAGCAUGGAUCCAUUUGCCGUGCUCAAUUAUGAUGUUCUGAACAUCAUACUGGCGCUGUUACCUCCUUCCGACGCGGGGAAACUGGCUUGUACCUGCCGUCUCGCCUACUAUCACGCGAUCCCACAUCUCCUAUCCGACGUCACGCUGGGCCUUCACUUUCAUCGUCGACCCAAAUCGCAACUCGCGUUGUUCUGCAACUUCGUCCUGUCCGACGUUCCUAACCGCGUGAGCCUCCUCCGAAAGCUCCACCUGCGCCGCGAUGCAUUUCCCUGGGUCGAGGUCGAGAUGGCAGGCGCUGUCGGCAACCCGAGGAGUGGCCGUGCAUACAUGGUUGACUACUCGUUGGCCGGUCGCUUGGCAGAGGUCAUCCAACAAGCUGACAGACUCGAGGAGGUCCUCAUAGCGAGCGCCGAUCCUCUGCUGGCGUCCGAGCCACGCUUGGUGGACGCUCUAGCAAGUCGACCACGUCUCUGCCGUCUUGACCUGGGCAAGUGCGGCUCAACAAGUCUCGAGUGCGUCUCACGGCUAUCCGGGUCGGAGGUCCGCUCGCUCACGCUCUCCGUUGACGACCAAUAUGUCCGGCAGAGCUCCCUCUAUCACAACCUCUCGGCAUUCGCACGCGUUUCAAAAACUCUUGAAGUGUUGGACCUGGAUGACGCGAUACUCCUAACGGGCGACCUUGACCCUGACUUCGUCCUUCCUUCGGUGCGCCAGCUCACUCUACGAGGUUGGGCCGACUUGUCCGAGAUCCUACGCGUCCUCCCUAAUCUACGCGUCCUCCACCUCCACACCUGCCGUUUCAAAGCUGCGCCGCUCUCCCCCUCCCUCGUCGACUUCUCUCACGCACAGCUCGACGAGCUAAUCACGGACGCCCCGGUCCCCCUCGCGUGUGCCGUUCGGCGCGUUGAGCUUCGGUUCAACGCGUUCCUGCAGCACCAUGCGCUCGCGAUGCUCGAACGCAUGGACCCGGUCGUCCUUUCGUGCCACGCAGGGUGGAGUCUACCGUCGAGGAGCGUCGCGCAGCUCUUGCCGAGCCUGCGGUUCCUCGAGCUGCAUGUGAAGUGGCGGAUUGCCGACGGCGUCCCGGACACGCCGUGUGAGGCGUGGCUGGUAAGCUGCGAGCCUGCGGUAUACAUUUUAGGUACACUCAUCGCUUCGCCAGAUCAGCCUCGUCUCCGUGUUCAGUCCACUCAAACUUGCUGGCCUGUGCCUCCGUAUCGGGCCUGGCGUAUUGGUGGAUCGUGCGAGCAACAUCGACCAGGACGCGCUCGUGCGGGAUGUCGUCGACGCGUGCAAUCCUGCUCUACGACAUCUCGGCCUGUCGUUCGCCGCACAGACGUCAGGGAGAUCAUCGGUGGCAUGGUGGCGUUGUGUUCGAAGGAGCACAGCGGAUACUCAGACGCAAGUUGAGCGUCUGUCUGACUGGGAGGGCGAGAUGGUUGCACGUCAGGUAUGGACAAUGACACGUAAUACUACGUGAGUAUCUAGUAAGUCCUGAGAUGAAUGCAUGGUGCUAUGCGCUUAGGCCGUUCCGUGAUGUCUGCCAC